AGGCACAGACGCGGUUCGACAGUCUCGCACACACUAGAGACCUCCUGCCGGACCCGCGAGGAGAAGAGGGGAAAAGUGAGUCAAAGGGUCCACUGUGAAGACAGGGACAGCACAGUUAUGGAUCAAGUCGCACCAUUUCUUCAGCUCGUCGAGCGCGAGGAACUGACCCACAACACCCGCCGCUUUCGCUUCGCCCUCCAGUCGCCCCAGCAUGUGCUGGGUCUGCCCGUGGGCCAGCACGUCUCCCUCAAGUACACGGACAGCGAGGGGAAGGAUGUGACACGCUCCUACACGCCCAUCUCCUCCGACGACGACCUCGGCUACGUGGACUUCGCCAUCAAGGUCUACUUCGCCAACACUCACCCCAAGUUCCCGGAAGGCGGCAAGAUGAGCCAGCACUUGGAGGCCCUCCAGCUCGGUGACUCGAUCCUCAUGCGAGGCCCCAAGGGCUCCCUCACGUACCAGGGUCGCGGCCACUUUGCUCUCAAGAGUCGCGGGGCGCUCAGCUCAAGAACGGUAUCCAAGGUGGGGAUGAUCGCGGGCGGGACGGGCAUCACGCCCAUGCUGCAGAUCAUCCGCGAAAUGCUCAAGGAUAAGGGCGACAAGACCAAGGUCUGGCUGCUCUAUGCCAACCAGACGGAGAACGACAUACUGCUGCAGGAGGAGCUUGAAGAGAUCGCGCAACAUCACCCCGACAGAUUUAAGCUCUACUAUACGCUAGACAGGCCGCCCACCAAGUGGAAGCAAGGGAUAGGCUUCGUCACGUCUGAUAUGAUCAAGAACAAUCUACCCCCACCCUCCUCUUCUUCCUUUUACCUUGUUUGCGGCCCUCCGGCCAUGCUCAAGCUGGCCGUUAUCCCCGCCUUCGAGAAAGAGGGCAUUGCAGAGAAUCAGUACUACACCUACUAGAAGUCAAAGGCAAAGAAUUCUCACAACGUGGGCGGCAGGUGCGGAUUGGUGUUGAACUUGAUAUGGGAUACGCAAAGGGCAAGAAUAAUGGAUUUAAGGCGCUUUUCGUGGGAGGCAAUCAUUCGCGUGCGUUUGUUUAAAAUUUGAAAAGUGGAUGGUAGGGGAGGCCAGCGACGAGAGUGGAAAGAACUAGAGGAGGAUAUGCAGGGAUUGCAUUAUUUGGAAGAAGGUUUGGGUGCGUACGAAAAUAUUUGAAGUACUAGAAACUUCCCUACCAAGGGUUACUUGCUAAGGAGAAAUGAAAAAUAUGGCGGAAGGAAAGCAAACGCCUGUUGACUUGUAGAGAAUUUAGCGCUCGGCACCAGAUUAUGGCCAUAUUUUU